AGAGAGAAAUAGACUAAAACAAAGUUAAGAAACGUGAAAAGAGGGACAGUUUGUGGGCUUAGCUAUUUGAAUCAAACAUUUUCUUUUCUUCGGGUAUGUAUGACAAGUUGUUACACGUAAUAUAAGAAUUACAUUUCAGUGGGCAAGUGUUUUUUAACCACUGGGUUAGCUAGCUAGCUGGCUAACACGCCACAGUGAGGUUGUUGUGUUUAUGUCCUCUACGAUAGUUAGGAUAGAGGAGCGGUGUAGCAGGUCAAGACUGACAUUAAUAAGUGGAGUACUUUCAUUAGGUGACACUCAUUAGUGACAUGCUUUUGUUAAACAGAGCAUCUGUAUCGACUGAGUUUCCAUUUGGGAUUAAUAAAGUAUUUCUGAUGAAGUGAUUUUAACAGAGAAGAAGUACAUCAAGGCUGGAAUUAAUUUGUAUAUGAUCAAAAACAUCUGUAUCUAUACCAAACUAAACGUAGAUACCUCCUGUUCUGCAACAUGAAGCUACUACAAUGUUAUUUUCACUUUUAGCUGGGACCCCUGCUCUUCAGACUUGUCUGUUUCUGGGCCUCUUAGUUUUCUGAUUAGAGACCAGUUAGCUCAUUUCUGUCUGUAGGGGAUAAUUGUAUGUUGUUAUUAGAAGAAUGCGUCGCUCUGGAGCUCCUAGCCAGCUCUUUGGCAAUGCAAUGAAAAAGCCUCGUUUUGUGGCCCCUGGAGGAUCUACUUCACGUCCAUUGCCUCAAUCCAAGCCCCUUACUCCUAAAGGGGGUUUAGGCAAUGCACUGGAAAAGGUCCAGAGGAGUCUAGCAGCACCAGAUCAGAGUAUAACAGAGCAUGAUGUCAAAUCUGCUCAGCCGCCUCCAGCCUUGUCAAGGGCUCUGGCUCUUGUUCUCAGUGCAAGAGAAAGCAAGGAAAAUGAUAGUGGGACAGAACAUCCUGACACUGGCUCCAAAGAGCACGACGAGGACAACAACCAGCAGGGAGGAAAUGGUUUCUGUCAGUUGACCCCUAAACGUCCAGGGCCUUCUGUACGGGUAAGCAGUGUUUCUAAACCUGCAGGCUCCGACUCUGGCUGCAGCCAGGAAGGAGCGCGUUACUUUAGCGUGUGGUGUAAGGCCAGUAAGAAGAAACACAAGCGCUGGGAGGGAGAUGCAGUCCUGGUUACAAGAGGACGCACAGCCACACUGAAAGAUAUGGAGGGCAAAGAUAUUGGAAAGGGAAGUGGCUACAAGGUGUCCACACUCGCCUCCUUGUCAGAGGGAGAGACCCUGAUGAUUGGAGGGAAGGAGGUGGAGGUGAUGGGGAUCAUUUCGAAUGAGGACUUUGCUAAGGGACGUUGUUUCCAAGAGGUCCAGGUAGAGAAAGAUGAGCCACACACACAGUCUCGUCCACCUCCUCCACAUCGUAUAUCAACCAAACCUUUCUGCCCCCCGACACUGUUGGGGAGAGGAGAUCGUCCAGGAUCUAAGCCAGAGGAGGAACAAACCUGCAGGCCUCGCCAUGACCCCUGGCACCCAGGUUCUCUGGUAAUGCCUCGUCCCUCUCCUAACCACCAGUGGUCCAAUAACAAGGCCGGCCUUCCUGUGGUCGAUGUUGUCAUUGACCCACACCUGACCCAUCACCUGAGACCUCACCAGAGAGACGGCCUGCUCUUUCUGUACGAAUGUGUCACGGGCAUGAGAGCUGUGGGGCGCUAUGGUGCCAUCCUGGCUGACGAGAUGGGUCUCGGGAAAACCCUCCAGAGCGGCCUGUCCUGGACCUUGCUCAAACAAGGACCGUAUGGUGGGAAAGCGGUAGCUAAACGUGUCCUUGUGGUCACUCCUGGCAGCCUCGUGCAGAACUGGGGUGCUGAGUUUAACAAAUGGCUGGGACGUGAGAGGAUCAGUGUUUUCACUGUGGAUCAGGAUCACAGGGUUGAGCAGUUUGUGUUAUCCCCUCUACACAGCGUUCUUGUGAUCAGCUAUGAAAUGCUGCUGCGCUGCCUUGAGCAGGUACAGAAAGUGGAAUUUGGUCUUAUAAUUUGUGAUGAGGGUCACAGAUUGAAGAACAGUACCAUCAAAACAUCCUCUGCCCUCUGCAGUCUGAGCUGUACUCGCAGAGUCAUACUAACAGGGACCCCAGUACAGAAUGAUCUACAGGAGUUCUAUGCAAUCAUAGAGUUUGUUAAUCCCGGCAUCCUCGGGUCCUCCACUGCUUAUAGAAAAGUUUAUGAAGAGCCCAUUCUGCGCUCCAGACAGCCCUCCUGCACAGAGGAAGUGAGAGUUUUAGGAGAAGAGAGAGCAGCAGAGCUCUCUCGCCUCACCGGUAUGUUCAUCCUGAGACGAACCCAGGAGAUCAUCAACCGCUACCUCCCUCCUCGUCUUGACUGGACAUUGUUCUGUGAACCCUCCCCUUUGCAGCUCGAGCUGUACGAGCAACUUCUCUGCCACAGAGUUUUCAGAGCCUGCCUUCAGGGCUCCACACAAACACACACGCACCUGGCCUGCAUCACUGCCCUGAAGAAGCUCUGUAACCAUCCCGGUCUACUUCACUCUACUGUCAAGGGAAGGACAGAUGGUGGUUCUUUAGAGAGCUCUUUAUAUGAUGGCCUGAUAGAACUCUUCCCAGAAUCCUACUCUUCAGGUGGAUUGAACACUGCAGACUCUGGAAAGCUCCUGGUUCUGUCGGACCUGCUGACUGCCAUCAGACAGCUCAGCCCUUCAGACAGGGUGGUCGUAGUGUCCAACUACACGAAAACACUGGACUUGCUCCAGGACUUGUGCGCACACAUGGGCUACACUUUCUGCAGACUUGAUGGACAGACCCCAACCAACCAGAGACAGCGGCUGGUGGACAAUUUUAACAGUCCUUACUCCAAUCAUUUCCUGUUUCUCCUGAGCUCCAAAGCAGGCGGGGUGGGACUUAAUCUGGUGGGUGCCUCCCAUCUGGUGCUCUAUGAUAUUGACUGGAACCCUGCAAAUGACAUUCAGGCCAUGGCUCGAGUAUGGAGGGAUGGUCAGAAGAAGACUGUGCACAUCUAUCGACUCCUCACUGCAGGCACGAUUGAGGAGCGUAUAUUCCAGAGACAGGUGUCCAAACAGGGCCUUUCUGGGACGGUGGUUGACCUUGGAAAAGGGGCGGAGCACACCAGCUUCUCCUCCAAUGAGCUUCGAGAUCUUUUUAGCCUGACAGACACGCCCUCUCUGACCCACGACCUGUUAAACUGCAGCUGCAGCAUGGAUGGUUCACAACAGGCUGUUGCAGAGGAGAAUGACGAACAGGUUUCUGCCAGGCCGUGCCAGCUUGGUCGUCAAGGUGACCGCAGUGUGGCGGCGCAGAAACACCUCAGCAUGUCCGAGCUGAUGCAGUGGAGGCAUUUCUCUGGUGACACACACACCUUCUCAGACCCUUACCUCGAUAAUGCACGAAACCAUAUCACCUUCGCCUUCCAGACCACCAUCUCGCACACAAGCAGUGAACCAAAGCACACUGGAUGACUCUCUAGAUACACACACACACACACACACACACACACACACACACACACACACACACACACACACACACACACACACACACACACACACACACACACACACACACAUGAAUCAUCUUCUACAUGUUUGUCUUCAGGCUGUCUGGGCUUUGUCUGCAGCCUGGGAACAACGCAUGACUUAGACAGUCCACAGUUGCUGCCAAUAACAGCAUCACAGUUCCAAACUGUUUUAAGUGACAUUGUUUGUGAGAAUCGUUAUCCUAUUUUGAACAUUUAUUUAUUUAUAUAAAGAAAGUAACUGUACAAAUGUUUUAAAUAAAUGAAAUUCAGAA